AUGGCAUCACUACCUACCAUAAUUGAAAAUAUAAAGGCGAUUCAGUCUGAAUUGGCUGACUUGAAAUCGAUGAAGACCGAACUAUUAUCCGUCAAGACUAAUUUAGAAUGCAUGAAAUCUUCUAUUGAAUUCGCCCAUAAUUCUUUGGAUGUGCUAACAAGCAAAACAUCGAAAGUUGAACUUGAGGUGGAAGGUUUGAUGAAGAUGGAGACCGAGAUGUUUUCUUUAAGGAACAGGUUCAAAGAGUUGGAGAGCUACAGACGUGAAUGUGAGCAAAGAUCACGUAUGAAUAAUAUCGAGUUUAAGGGAGUACCUGAGGCUAAGACUGAAAACCUAAUUGAAAUAGUGUCGAGAAUUGGUGAACUUAUUGCAUUCAAAAUUCCUAAGGAGCAGAUCAACUAUAUUGCGAGGGUCCCGAUGCGAGGUAACAACCGCAGUAAGAACAUAAUAUGUUCCGUUCACAGCCGCUAUAUUAAGGUUGAUUUUGUAGCUGCCGCUAAGAAACACAAAGCCAUCUUAUCCUCUAAUAUUGGACUACAAGGUGACACAAGGAUAUUCGUCAAUGACCAUCUUACGUUGGACAAUAAGUUGUUACUGAACAAAACCAAAUCGGUUGCCAAGGAGCAGGGUUUUGCUUAUGUGUGGGUAAAAAGUUGCAAAAUACUUAUAUGA